CUUAGAGCGAACGGGAUUUGGGGCGAAACAACCCGUUAGCUGCUACAACAAAACAGCUACUCCCCCACCACCCGAUAGCAACCUCCCCAAUAUUUAGUGAAUUAAGGAAGGGAUUGGAAAAUCUUGAUUCACAUGACAUUUGACUCAGGAUGGCAGAGCAGAGUACACAAGAACAAGCGGAUCAUACCUCAACUGUCGCCAAACAUUACAAUGAGCUGCAGGAAUCUGGGCUGGAGAAGAGGAAGGAAAGCCGUAUAUUCCAUUUAAGAAAUUUCAAUAACUGGAUGAAAAGUGUUCUUAUAGGGGAGACAAUCCAGACUGUAUGUCGCCAAAGCCAAGAACGUGUUGAUCUUAGUGUCCUCGACAUCUGCUGUGGUAAAGGUGGAGAUCUUCUCAAGUGGAAGAAGGGACAAAUAUCUAAAAUUGUGUGUGCAGACAUAGCAGAAACAUCUGUGGAGCAGUGCCAUAGUCGUUAUCAGGAAAUGGUUGACCGUGCUCGCAAUGACCGAGGCCCAAACCGAAUCUUCUCUGCCGAGUUUAUUGCUGCAGAUUGUACCAAAAAACGACUUAAGGAUAUGUACAAAGACAGCAACAUGAGCUUCGACAUUGCAAGUUGCCAGUUUUCCUUCCACUACUGUUUUGAAAGUUAUCCCCAGGCCAAACUUAUGCUGCAGAACGCCUGCGAAUGUUUGAAGCUUGGUGGCUACUUCAUUGGAACUACACCUGACUCAUACGAAAUCGUCCGGCGGUUCCGUGACUCUCCUGACCAUCGUGCUGGCAAUGACGUGUACAGUGUGACUUUCUGUGGCGAGGACGUAGACAACAUUCCCCUGUUUGGGGCCAAGUAUGACUUCCACUUGGAGGGCGUGGUCGACUGCCCAGAAUUCCUUGUGUACUUCCCCGUGUUAGAAAAAAUGGCGGAGGAGUUUGGUAUGAAGCUGGUGUACAGAAAACCCUUUGAUGAGUAUUUCGCAGAAAAGUCUGAGAUGGGUGAACACAGGGCGUUGUUAGGGAGAAUGUCGGCAUUAGAGUGUUAUCCUCCUCCAGAGGGGACAGCACUAGUAGGAAACUGUCCAGAGGACUACAAAGACACUGAGAUCGGCCUCAACAAACUCAAGGACGAGGACGCACGGCCAGAGGACCUCAAACGACAUCGCCCUGCCAGAGUGGGAACAUUGUCACAAGCUGAAUGGGAUGCCUCCACGAUCUAUCUGGCAUUUGCUUUCCAAAAAGUGAAAGAUAUAAAUACAGGAAAAUUAUGGACUGAACCAAAUUCCAAAGAAAGGUCCAGAAAAAGACACAGUGACCAACACACAGACACUGCCGAAUGUUCAGAUAAACAACAAAAGACUUCCUAGUAAUGAGGGCAGCCUCACGACGGGGGCGAAACGAGGGAGGUUCAAGAGCAUAUCGAUGUUGACCUGGCAUAUGGUGCAGCAGAUCUUUGAUGCACCCUCAGUCUAUACAUCCUGCAGAUAACAAACUGUUGACGCGGGCAAUACCCAUUUGAAGGCGAGAGAAAAACCAUAUUGUCACAAUGAAAAUGCUUACUGAUCAAAAGAAAGUGUCUGAAAUGAUACGCUUGUUUGGUAUGGCGGACAUUAUUCCAGUGUGCAAGGUAUUAAUGUACCUCUGGUUUAUACAGAAGAAAUUCUGUCAUCCAGCUACAUCAGGUUUUGAAAGUAAAAUAAGGUUACCUGUACUGUAACACAUACACUUGGCCACCUAAAGUACACCCCUAUAGAACACACUCAGAUAGCCACCUAUCACAUUACAGGUAUUGCUAGAUUUCAUGUUUAUUCACAUUGGUGACAGUUCUAUUGGAGUUCAUUUAUAAAUGCCAUACAUAUGAUCUUCAUUAAGACUUUAUUGUAUAAUUGAUAUUAGAGAUGUACUAUUUCGUUUGACCCAGGAUUAGUAAAUGUUUUGUUGGAUGUUGUGAAAUUUUUCAGUAGUUACAAUGAAAUAAUAUGCUGGACUCAAGCUUCAGUAAGCAUAAGUUAUUAAUUUUGGUUUUCUUACUUGAUAAUAUGCAAUGUUUUCUUAUGGAGAAAUUUAUAUUGAAUGUUUUUAGAUGUUUCGAGAAACCGAAGUUAAAUCGAUUUUUUUUUUAGAUGUUUCGAGAAACCGAAAGUAAUACUGUAUAAGGUUUGUUCAUCACAUAUCUGUAUAGACUUCUAUAUGAACAAGGUAGUUAAGAUUACAGUUUAUCUCCCAGAAGUUAUAAUUUGAAUCAAAUUUUAAAUGUUUUUCUAUUCACAACCAUUUACUACCAUUGCUCUCCUCUCAUUUUCUCAGCAUUUACAUUUUUGCAAUUACUUUUUACUAGUCUCGGAUGAAUAAAAAGUUUUUUAACACAAUUUUUUUUUUACUAGUAUGGUUUUUUUCUGCAACAGUUUAGUGUAAUGAAAUGAUGUAUUUGUAGAAAUUUUCUUUCCAGAUCUUGAAAAUAGUGAAACCACACAAUGUGGGAUAGAGCCUAUUGCUCUGGAAAUCUGAAUGGGAGUGGUUUAUGUGUGAGAGUGAUUGUCACUGAUACAUGUAUAAAAGUGUAAAUGAAAUUACAUUUUGUGAGGAGAAAAUGGGUAAUUAUUUAAUUUCGUAUCUUGAACUAUAAUACAUGUUGUACUAUGAUGUAAAAUGUACAUUUUCCUUUAAACAAAAUACCAAGUAAGUGUUCAUCCACCAUUAUCUGAAUGCAGGAAUUUGAAUUUCUAACAAUGUUUUCGUGAAAUUUCACCCCUAAACCGAAAAUUACACCAGAUCAUUAAUGAAACUCGAUUUGUUCAGAAUCUGGUCAAUUUUCAUUUAUAGGGUUAAUCUUGCCAAAUAAUGAUAAAAAAAAAUGUAUUUUGAUUCAGAGGGGCUUAGAAUGGAUAAUUUUUACACAACCUAUUGUGGUAGCUAUGUGCACAGCUGAAUCUCACUGAUAUGUAGCAGAAAUUGACCUUGUGAUUUUGUUUUUGAAAAAUCAGGCAUUUGAGAUAUGGGAUCAGGUAGACCUAACAGAGGAUGUUUGUGUGCUAAAUUCUGCAUCAAAGUAAGACUGAAUACAGAGCAAUCUUCUAUAGAAAAAUGUACACCAGUUAAUGCUUCAGCACGAUGCAUUUCAAAUCAAGGCAGUUUGCAUGGACUUUGGACUAAAGCGUUCUACCAUCCAGAGUUUGCCUGCAGUACAUAUGCUCAUAGCUAAUUUCUUUUAAAUAAGUCGAUGGUCAAUGAAACAAAUGCUUCUGAAAAAAAAAAUGCUUUCUAUCAAAUGGUUGAAUUAAAAGAGUUUGUAGAAUGACAAAUUUGAAACUGAAUUUCCUUUUUCGGUGUUGUCUUCAGUACCUUUAAUUUUAAUAACACUUUGUAGACAUCUGUCACCUUAGCCCCUGUAAUUACAAUUUUAUUACAGUUAAUGAAAUAUCCUUUAUUGCCCUAUUACCCAACGAAUCUCUGAAUGAUCAGAAGAAAUCUCUUUACAAAGCUCAUGGUUGGCUUAUGUGAGUUUUAGUUCAGAGGACUAUAGACUUGCACAGGUAGUUGUGAGCUGAGGCCUUAGACUCAUCACGCACUACGAGAGCUCAGGUGAGGUCUUGAGCUCACUGACAGGACUACAUGGCCAACAGUCAGCUAAGGUGAGGUUUUGAGCUCACUGACAGAACUGCAUGGCCUACAGUCAGCUCAGAUGAGGUCUUGAGCUCACUGACGGAACUACAUGGCCUACAGUCAUCUCAGAUGAGGUCUUGAGCUCACUGACAGAACUACAUGGCCUACAGUCAUCUCAGAUGAGGUCUUGAGCUCACUGACAGGACUACAUGGCCAACAGUCAGCACAGAUGAGGUCUUGAGCUUACUGACAGCUACAUGGCCUACAGUCAUCUCAGAUGAGAUAUUGAGCUCACUGACAGGACUAAACGGCCUACAGUCAGCUAAGGUGAGGUCUUGAGAUCACUGACAGAGCUACAUGGCCUACAAUCAGCUCUGGUGAGGUCUUCUACUCAUGACUGCAUACUAGGAAUUGAUUGAGUGAUAAUAUCAGAUGUAUUGGCUUGUUGGUGCUAAAGUGCAUGCUUAGUUGUCAUGGUGAAAUUUACUGGUCCACAGGCACUUGCCAUUAUGAGUCACGUAAACUAAAAUGAAAAAGGUAAGGACUUCUGUGACUCCGAUAUUAAUGGCCUGUGGCUGGUCCAUCACUUACCUAAUACAUAUUGUACAAUGUAGUGUUUAAAUGGCAUUAAAUACGAAUUUAAACCGU